AUUAUUGUUUUUGUUUUGUGUAAAGUUGUCAUCUAAACUCCAUAUGCUUAUAUGAAACGAACAAAUCACUCAUGAACUUGAAGUCGCUUUGGCAAGAGAUGGAUCUCUGGUUCCUCGUAGUCGUCACCCUCUCCGUCACCGCCCUCCUCAGAGCCACCGUCAACCUCCUCUCCUCCGCCGCCAAGAAGAAGAGCCUCCCGCCGGGCCCCCUCACCUUCCCCUUCAUCGGCAACUUGCUAUGGCUGCGCAAGUCCUCCUCGGAGCUCAAGCCCGUCCUCCGCUCCCUCCACGCCCGCCACGGCCCCAUGGUCACCCUCCACAUCGGCCCCCGCCCCGCGGUCUACGUCUCCUCCCCGGCCCUCGCCCACCAGGCUCUCGUCCGCCACGGCGCCGUCUUCGCCGACCGCCCGCCGCCCCUGGCCACCAACCACAUCCUCUCCGCCAACCAGCACAACAUCAACUCCUCCUCCUACGGCCCCACCUGGCGCCUUCUCCGCCGGAACCUCACGGCGGAGAUUCUCCAUCCCUCCCGCCUCCGUUCCUACUCCCGCUCCCGCGCGUGGGUCCUCGACAUCCUCGUGGGGGAGCUCAAGUCCCAGCCUGGCGGCGUCGUCCGCGUCGUCGACCAGUUCCAGUACGCCAUGUUCUGCUUGCUGGUCCUCAUGUGCUUCGGAGACAGGCUCGAGGAGAAGCAGAUUAAGCAGAUCGAGGAGGUUCAGCGACGGUUGAUUCUGCAUAUGCGGCGAUUCGACGUGCUCAAUUACUGGCCGAGGCUGAGCAAGCUCGUGCUCCGGAAACGGUGGAAGGAGUUCCACGAGCUCUACGAGAAUCGGAAGCGCGUCCUCGUGCCGCUCAUCAGAGCUAGAUCCAAGGCCAAGCGAGAGCAGGUCAGCAAAGCCAAGGAGGACAGGAACGACGACGACGGCGAUUGGAUCUUAUCGUACGUGGACACGCUCCUGGACCUGGAGCUGCCGGAGGAGAAGCGAAAGCUGGAGGAGGGCGAGAUGGUGAGCCUCUGCAAUGAGUUCCUCAACGCCGGCACCGACACGACGUCCACGGCGCUGCAGUGGAUCAUGGCCAACCUGGUCAAGUACCCAGAAAUCCAAGAGAGGCUCUAUGAUGAUAUCAAAUCAGUCGUGGGACACGGGGUGGAGCGAGUGAAGGAGGAGGACCUGCAGAGGAUGGGUUACCUGAAGGCGGUGGUGCUGGAGGGGCUGCGCCGCCACCCGCCGGCGCACUUCGUGGCGCCGCACGCGGUGACAGAGGACGCGGAGCUGGGCGGGUACGUGAUUCCCAAGGACGGGACCAUCAACUUCACGGUGGCGGAGAUGGGUUGGGACCCGGAAGUCUGGGAGGAUCCGAUGGCCUUCAAGCCCGAGAGGUUCUUGAAUUGCGAAGCCAGGGGGUUCGACAUCACGGGGAGCAGGGAGAUAAAGAUGAUGCCUUUCGGGGUGGGGAGGAGGAUCUGUCCCGGAUACGGGCUUGCCAUACUGCACUUGGAGUACUUCGUGGCGAACUUGGUGUGGCUGUUCCGGUGGCAGAAGGUGGCGGGCGAAGAGGUCGACUUGUCGGAAAAGCUGGAGCUAACCAUGGUGAUGAAGAACCCUUUGAGGGCUCAGAUAUGUCCCCGGAAUUCGGGCAACCUGAAUUUGGGAUAAAUGUAACUAUGAAGAGUGUUGCCUUCUCAAUAAAUUCCCACUAGUGAUUUGGCAUGAAUUUCAAUUGUGAAAGAAUAUUAUUGAUUAUCAAUCUCAAAAUAUAUCUACGUGAAAGAUUUCUGAUACGUGUAACAUCUUUGUGGAUUGGCAAUCAUCAUGAAGACGAAGUACUUUCUGUAUGCGAGCUACUCUAUUUUUGGGAAUCAAGAUUUGAUUGCAUGGGAGACCAAAUCUACGGGGAUUCCAAUUGAUCGACCUCAACGGCUACCUUAUCUUCAUAAUAAUCGUCCAAUGGGUAGAUUAUAUAUUGAUCCUCUGAAGAUUGUCCAACGAGAAGUUUGGAAGCUGAGGAGUAUUAAAGAAGACCAAGACGCUAAAGAAGAUAUGUGAGAUCAAAAGUUCACAAUUCUAGAUUUCAAGAGAGCUUCGCAUAUUUUCAUUUGUCUUCCGUGAGCAUACAAUUGUAAUUUUAGGUGUUGGCAGUAUUUUAAGUUUGUGCUUAGGUUGAGAUAGCUUGAAUAUAAGCAAAACCUCAUUAUGAUGAUAUCUAGUGUUGUCUGAUAA